AGGCUCGCAUGGAACGUGACCUGAGUGCCAAGAAGAUGUUUCAGGAUGAAGAUCUUCCAGAGUCUGGAGCAGGGAGUGAAUUUAACCGGAAGCAGAGGGAAGAGGCUCGAAGGAAGAAGUAUGGUAUCAUUCUGAAGGAGUUCAAGAAUGAGGACCAACCGUGGACUCUGCGAGUGAAUGGCAAAGCAGGGCGAAAGUAAGUGGUGCCUCACACAAAGGCAAAACCUGAUCUUAAAAAGACGUGAGUUUAUGGUUUUUAUGUAUCUGCAGAUUCAGAGGAGUGAAGAAGGGUGGAGUGACCGAGAAUGCCUCUUACUUCAUCUUUACUCAGUGUCCUGACGGAGCCUUUGAAGCAUUUCCUGUUUCCAACUGGUACAACUUCACACCAGUGGCCAAGCAUCGAACUCUCACUGCCGAGGAGGCCGAGCAAGAAUGGGAGAGGUGAUUAAUGUCCCAUCAUGUUACCGCUAUCCAGACAGGAGGAAGCGAUAGGAGUUUGUGCUUCUUUCUUCCUAUUACGGCCUAGUGAUAUGAGCAUCACAUUAAUGUUACAAAGAAUAAGGGGACAGCACAAAUACAUUAACAACAUAUUCCUUGGUUAACUGAAAAAUAUAUUUUUAAAACCUGCUCAGUAGCAUAACUUUAAAUUUUAACUUUCAUAAUUUAAUUUUUUUUCCCAUUACAUUUAAUGAAACUUAGUGAUAUAUUUUUAAAUAAUGUAUACUGAUUCUUUUGAAUCAGCACAGGGUGACACACAGGAGGGAGCUAUGGGACAUGGAGUCUGUCCCUCCCAGCACAGGGUGACACAGACAGGAGGGAGGUAUGGGACAUGGAGUCUGUCCCUCCCAGCACAGGGUGACACAGACAGGAGGGAGAUAUGGGACAUGGAGUCUGUCCCUCCCAGCACAGGGUGACCUAGACGGGAAGGAGCAAAGGAUUGUACAAGCAAGGAUAAUGGGGAAUUGCUUACCACUGUACAGUAAUUCUUCCUCUAUACUUGUUACUCUCUCCUCACUUACAUAACAUUCUGUGUUAGAUGAUUUCUUUACUAUGCCAACAUAUUUGUCUACAGACGUAAUAAGAUCCUUAAUCACUUCACCAUUAUGCAACAACGUCGUCUGAAAGACCAAGGAGGAGACGAUGAUGAGGAAGAGGGUUCAGGCAAGCAGGAAAAGGGAGGAAAGAACAAGAAAAAGAAGAAAAAAAAUGACCUCAAAAUCCAUGACCUAGAGGAUGACCUGGAGCUGAGCUCUAGCGAGAGUGAGGAAAGUGGGGAAGAUGGUGAGUGAAGGUGCAAGACACAACCUUGAAGUUCUGGGAGGGACGGGGGGGUGUUAGAAUGAGUGUAAGAUUCAGAGGGGGAGCAGUGAGGGAGACUCGAUCAGUAAGAGAGUGACAAGUGUUUACAGAGAGGAAGCACUGGGAAAGACUGAGUGUAGAAAUGUGGGAAUGAGAGUAAUACAAAUAGGGGACACUCUGAGAGAUUAGAAGUGUGGGAAUUUGUGUGCACAAUGUUGGCACUGGUAGGGGUGGAGAAUGGUGAGUAUGAGUGUAAGAUAAAGUUUGAAGGUGCUGGUGAGGUAUUAUUGGUAGCCCAUGUUUGAAGGCUCCCUACUGAAGUGCUCUAGCUCGCUCAUACAUAUUGUCUCUAUACUGGUAGAAACGUAAACAGUCUUCAGAUAAAUAAGUUGUUCACACAGGGAUUUGUGCGAUAGCUUUCCAAUGCUUUCACAUAGGAAAGCAUUGGAUUGGCUGAGAUCAUCGUUUGGUCUUAGUCAAGGGGGCAGAGCGUUGACAAGCUGCCGUGACUGGACCCACAUGGCGCUAGAAAAAGGUGAGUAAUCUUUUUAACGAAAAGAAAGGGGGGGCAGCAGGGACAUAAACAGCUAGACAUAAAGUGUCAGGAAUACAUAUUUGUAUUCCUGACACUAUAGUGUUGCUUUAAAGAAAAAGAAGAAACACCCAUUCACCCUUUUUUUUUUUUUUGCAUGAUUUUUGAACAAUAUUCAAGGUGAACGCCGGCCAAAGCCACAGAAAAAGUCUUCUGCCCAAACGAAGAAGAAGAAGAAGAAACAUUCAGAUACUGAGGCUCUAGAGGACAGCGAUGAUGGCGACUUUGAGGGCCAAGAAGUGGACUAUAUGUCUGAUGACGAGAGCAGGUGAGUUGGAAGGAGUAAGCUUUAUAUAGAGCUAAUGUUAGAGAAUCAAAAGUGCGUAGAACGAACAUUGAUGUUUGGGGAAAAUACUAAAUCUUUAUGAAUCAAGAUAAAUGUUGCCUGUGCUUUCAUUUGAUGGGUGGGUCUGCAUGAUACCCAGAAGAUAUUACUUGGUUAUAGGCUAUUACAGCUACUCACAGUAACAUUGUAGAAAAUAAAUGUAACUCUAUGGAACCCAGAUGUAUGCCGACUCUCAUGUAAUAACAUAGAGGCAGUUUUUGAGCCUGAUGUUUGACGGUAAUAACUCUUGUAGAAUUAAAAUUUUAGGGUUGUUCACUAAAAUGAGAAUUUAAAAUGAAUUUUCAAUUUUAAAGUGACAGUCUGGACCCCUAAAGCAUUUUAUCUUGCUGAGAUGUGUUACGUGGGAAGAAUGUGUCCUCUUUUCAUUUUAUAAAAACUGCAGAUUUCAAUUGAAAUUGGAACUUUUAUAAAUUAACCUUGUUACAGCCCCCUGGCUGUCAGUCAGACAAGUGUUACUUUUUUAGCUCCAUUGAGUUAAACGCUAGGCAAUUUGAGCAAUUGCCCAGAGCACCUGCCUUGCAAAGGCUUCAUUGAGCUAUAUUGUGAAGUUUGUGAUUGGACAGCUACAGCUUGUAAAGGCUGCAGUGUGCAUGUACGCUACAAAUUACAGUGUGAAUUGUGCUUGUUUCUUUGUGUUCUGUUUUUAUAUACAGUUCUUAAAUAAUUUGUACUGUAUUGUAGCUAAGAAUUACUUUCAGAAAAUUAAAGUGCUGAUUGCGCUCACUAUUGAUGUCUAUAGUGUAUGUUUUACACUGGGAAUAGAGAGAAGGUUACUAAUCCAUCAUCUAUUUUUCAUUUUAUAGCUCGGAUGAGGAACUUCCUGGGAAACCCACACCCGCCAAGGAGGAGGAAUUGCCUAAAGGUAAAAUUCUAUGAUGUAUUCUAUAUGUCUAUUUAUUUCUGUAUGUACACAACUUGGCCUAAUAGAGAGAGUUUUCAAGCUCUAUGCAGUUAGCCGGGCUUUAAUGUUACUUGCCAAAAGAAACCUCUUAUAAUGUAACUAAUACACAAUUGAAGACCUGGAUGCUUGAAUACCUUUAGCACUCUGACAACAGUUGAGCCUGAAAUUGCGCCUUUGCUAAUAAAGGUGGAUGCUUGGAAAGUGUACCUACAGGACUUUGCAGCUCUUAUCUUUUGGGUCCUUUAAUCCAGUGGCUUCCCCAAUGAGUAGAGUGGUGUUUUUAGAUAGAUGUGCUAUAAGAACAUAUAUUUUAGGAAGGGUUUCCCAAGCUUCUGUUUCUUGCUACUUAAAAGAGUGCUACUUAAACGAGUGCUUAGACUGUUUUGAAGUAAAGACAUUCUUCUUAGGAUUUCUUCCAAUCUUAUUGGGUGACCUAUUGUAUAUUGCUGCUAAUGAACAGGUUAGCACAUAGCAGUUUGUACUGACCCUGUGUAUAUUUGCAUAGUGCUAUCACAUCCCCUCUUGGGUGCCUUUUUUUUUUUCUAAAGAGAGCAAAUUCAGUUUUUCUAGCGUUUCUUCAUAAGUUUUCCAUCCCCCUUUUUAAUUUUGUAGCUUGCCUCUGCACUAUUUCCAGUUCUGCUAUAUCCUUCUUUAAAACUGGUCCCCAAAAUUGCAUCGCAUAUUCCAGGUGGGGUCUGGAAGUGCUGAGCCUUACCUAUUAAUGGGUAAUGUGCUGAAUGUACUAACAAGACCAGUUUAUAUACUGACGUUACCGAGAUUGCAUAUCCCUGUAAUAAGCAGACAGCUCCUGAUUCGCUGACCAGUACAAUGCAUGACGAAACUGUGACAUUCAUGCCAGGACUUCAAUCAAAAUCGAGUUAAUAACUUUUGUAGGUAGGAAACUAUUAAUGGGAUAAAGGACCUGGAGUGACCUUGACACACAUGUCUUGUUCUAUUACAGGGAUAGAUGAGGGGAGUGAGUCCAGUGAGGAAAGCGAGGAGGAGAAGGUUGAGGAAGAGGAUGAAGAAGAGAAGAAAGCAGCAACCCCUCAAGAAAAGAAGAAAAAGAGAGGUAAGAAACAAGUUAUUAAAUCCCAUAAUCUCUUUUUAGUGUUUAGGAUGGCAUAUCCCAAUGCUCCAGUAACGUACUUGAAAUUACAGUAAAUAAUAUGUUGUGAAUGGAACUCUGUUGUCUAACUACUGCAUACUGGCUUGGAUUUAGACAGCAGUGACGAGUCGGACACAUCCGAAGACAGUGAUAUAGAGGGAGAAGCAUCGUCUGCACUUUUCAUGCAGGUAAAUGAGCUGUUACUAACAGAUGGACACCAGGACGGGAAUGGGAAAUCCAUAUACCAGGGGUGUGCAAAUUAAAAUAAAUACAUACAUAAAAUAGUGGUCCAACGAACUAAAGUGGUAGUACAUGACAAUCUACAUGUCCUGACAUAAACUAAUUUCAAAUUAUAAAGAUUGGGAAUUGUGCUUAGAGCUAGACAUUGGCAGCGUUCUUCACCUCAACUGAGACCUGCAACUCGAAAAGUUCUCCAAUUCGACUAUAGUCCUAACUGGCUCAUUUUGCUUUUUGGAUUUAAUUUGUGAAAAUUUAUAGUUUAGUGUCUGAGUCUCUGUCCUCCCCCAUAGUGUGUGUGUGUGUGUGUGUGUGUGUGUGUGUUUGCUGGCUGUAUUUAGUGUGUGGUGUGCUGGUUGUAGAAUUUGUAUUGUAAUGUAGCUGUGAUCUCCACUUUAUGAGGUUUAGCAGGCUUACUGGGUUCUUGGAUCCAUAGCGAUCUAGAGUGGGAGGAUGAGGGUUGUACCGCCGGCAUGUGCCCAUCUCCUUAAUCGCUGCAUUGCAGUCUGACAAUUGUUAGUCUGCAUGCUGAAAAUUCCGCCAGUUGCGCUUUAUCUCACUAGAGGGUGCUGGGCUACAAGGUAGCCAUUCCCAAAUUCUGGACCUGUCUUCCAGCAGCCCAGCUUCCUGAUACUAAAAAUGUCUCAAUACAUCUUUCAUAUGCCUAUUUCCCCACAAACUUUUAUAUUCUCAUCAGUGUUCUGUAUUGCCUACGCUUCAUAUAACAAACAUCGUGCCUUGGUGUCCACAAUCCUGUUUAGAAAAAGAAGACCCCUCCAAAGAAAGAUCGUAAGGGAGGCUCCAACAACAGCUCCCGUGGCAACAGUCGACCUGGGACUCCAUCUCCUGACUCGGGAAACACAUCAAACACGUUAAGAGCAGCGGCCAACAAACUGGAACAGGGUAAGCGGGGGGUAAGGGGAGUUAUUUGUAGAGGACAGACACAGUUGGGCUUUGAAACAUUAGAAUAUUAAUAUGCCUCACUGAGAGAAUUCUAGUGUGACUUUAGGCAGCUCAUAUUCUGUGCAGGGCAUGUUGGGUUUUCUAAGUUGUAAUGUUAGAAGAUGGCACUGGUGAGCUAUGUACAGUUAUGAAGUUCUGCAAGAAAUUGACUAAGGGAGAUGGUGCUGGGGAGCCUUGUACGGUUAGAAUGUUUACAUGAUCAGGCAGGGCCCAAUCUUGGCCAGGGCACUGGAAGAAGACUUAACUACAGGCUGGCAUUAAAAGAAGGCAUUCCUUCACCGCACAUUGAUGUGAAGGUUACUCUCGAAAUUCCAAACUUUGGCAAAUCUGAAUACACACAGUGUUCCAGAGUAAUUAAAAACACACGGCACCAAGAAUGUAAGGUGUAUUAGCAUUGUCACUGUGUGUGUUCGUAGUGUUAUAUGGAGUGUAUUACGUGGAGAGUUGGCAUGCAGAUGUUUAUUCAUUCAUUGCAUUUGCUUGUUUACAGUCCUAUUGGUGCACUGUAUCCCACCUGCCGCCAUAUGCCCCUCUCCCCCAGAUUAAGCCAGGCCUGGGGUAAAUGGUGCUGAUGAGAUUUAUGUGGUUAGAAUAUUCAUAGUUUUGGACAUGGUGCUGAUGAGCAGUUACAACGUUAAGGAGAUGCCACUUAAAAGUUGUGUAAAAUUACAAUGUUCACACACUGUGUAAGGCAGAUGGCGCUAGUGAGCUGUAAACUGUUAUAACUUUCACCCACUGUGAAGUAGAUGUACGAUGACAAUGUUAACACUCUGUAAGGGCAACAGCCACACACAAAAAGUUACUUUUUUUUUUUUUUGCAUAAUUUAAUAGGUAAACGAGGAGCUGUCUCUCACUCUCCAGCAGCUAAACGGCUGAAGAUGGAUCCAGGUCCUCAAAACACAUCUGGGAAAUCCACUCCACAACCUCAGUCUGGAAAAUCCACUCCAAGCAGCGGGUACGAGAGGAGUAUUACAUACCAUCUGUCAUUUAACGCGAGGUAGACAAUUCUUUAUAUUCAUAUUAUUUGUCUAUUUCUCACACAGUGAUAUCCAGCUGACAGAAGAGGCCGUGCGUCGCUACCUGACCCGCAAGCCCAUGACAACUAAAGACCUCUUGAAGAAGUUUCAGACCAAGAAGACUGGCUUGAGCAGUGAGCAGACUGUGAAUGUCCUUGCACAGAUCCUGAAGAGACUGAACCCAGACCGCAAAAUUGUGCACGAGAAGAUGCACUUUUACCUCAAAGAGUGAUCUACCUAUCAGCUUUCUACACCACCACACACAUAACACACUAGCUGCUCCUUGCACUGCCAUCAGUUAUUGUGUCACAUGAAACACGUGUGGUACCUUGGUAGGAGACUUAGGUCUGCUCGGGUGUAACAAAGCAGCACUUGGCAGUGAUGAACCUGGACUGUUGCGCACAAUGGCAAAAAAAGCAGGGGUCAAACCGUGCUGUAGUAGUGAAAUGUGUGUUUAGUAGGGGCGGUGCGUGUGUUGGCGGUUUGGGGGGAGAGUGUUGCUGAGUGAUAGAAUGAGUGCGCCAGGCAGUGGGUAAGAAUGUCUGGUCUGUGUGAUUUGUAGGGGUGACUUGCAGUGAAGAGAGGGGGUCUCAUCCGUAUGAGCUGCUGUAUUGCAGGUGUGUGUGGCGGGUAGUUUGACUGGUAUCAGUAGCUGUACUGAGAAUUUGGAGUGGUUGGCAGUGCCAAUGUGACAUGAAUGAAACAUAGUGGCUGUGUUUUGUUUUGUUUUUUAUUUCAAUUUGUACUGUUUCAUACAGACUGUAAUAAAUAUAUAUAUGUA